AUGGCACUAAUAAGACUGAACCCACUCGCCAUUCUUAGUAUCCAGCCCGACGCAGACCAAGCUGUCAUCGACUCUGCAUACCGUCGUCUGGCUCUGGAAUAUCAUCCUGAUGUGUACCAAGAUGAUCAGGAUCCAAUCGAACUCGCUGCUAAGAUAGAGAUCUUUGAAGAAGUCGAAGCGGCAUACCAAAUGCUAUGCGAUCCUCAAACUCGCACGGUCUGGCUCCACCCUCGCGAAAUGCCCAAGGACAUGAGCUCCACGCCUCAUGCGCGGGUCUCGAGGUCCUACGGGAGCAACCCACGCUACUUUCCCCGUCGCAACUGUGCCACCAAAGGUGCAUCCAAAGCUAGGAACCUCCUGGCGGCCUCCAAGUUCGGUGACAUAUACGCAAAAGAAAACGCCCGCCACGCCGAAUCACGUGAAGAAGUUGCAAAGGAGUGCCAGGGCAUGGCGCAAGAGUGGCUCAAAUGCAUUAAGUUGGGACGUGCUGCUCUUGCGGAGAUACAAUACGCCUUGCCGUUGCAACAGGAGGCGGUCACAUUGUUUGAGGAAGCGGAGGAAGCGUUCAAGUGGUGCGAAGCGGAGAGUUCGAGGAUGGAGGCGGUGGAGAUGGUGUCGCAGGGGAGCGAGUGCACAAAGGACCUGGCGCGGGCGAAGGGGAAGUUGAAGGAGAUGGAGGUCUGGAAUAAGGAGUGGGAGGCGAGGGUGAAGGCCUGA